AUGACUAUGAGAGCCAAACAUCCGGAACAUCGUGCCCUGAAAAGGCGCAAACUCGCCCAUAAGGAUCCUGACGGCGAUUCUAAUACUUCUGAAGAAGCAUCCAGUUCUGAUGAAGGCCCCCAACUUGUUAAUCAAAAUGCCAAACCUAGACCAUCAAGUCAUUCAGAUUUCAAGCCUAAAUUAAAUGGAACAACGUCCAAAAACCUGAACAUCAUGCCUACCGGAGGAAUCAACAAGUCUUCUGUGCUUAGCUUGCAAGUAACUGAACUAAGCCAGGAGACAAAACCAAAUUAUGAGAAGCUACAGAGUAAAUGGCUAGUUGUGGUCAACAAGCUGGAAUCCAUCAUCAGACAAACACCGCAACGCCCUCCUGUCACCGCUAUUGAAGCUCUAAAGUCGUUCAGAAAGAAAGGCAUCAACAUACCAUUUCCCAGACCUCAUCCCACUAAGGAAACAAACUACAAAUUUGAAUUUAUACCUCCAAGUCAGAUCCUGGUUGGCGGUGCACUAGCGAAGGGCCUCAGCAUCAAAGCCGAAAACUUCAUCGACUUGAAGGUGCUGUUGCCAGAUACCGUUCUUCAGGAUAAGGACUAUCUGAACAACAGGGCAUUCCAUAAAGCGGCAUUCCACCUUGCUUGCGUUGCCCUCGAGAUAAAGAAUACCGCAGGCGAGGAUUUCGAUCUCUCAUUCAUAAAUGCUGACGGUGUCGACCUCCGGCCGAUCCUCCUCGUAACUCCGAAGGAAACGCAGCUUUCGAAAUUUGAAUUCCGGAUCUCAUUUGAAUUGCCUAGCAGCGCAAUUCCCUUGGACAGAACUUCCCCAACUAAGAAUUGUUUGCGGCAGCCGUCAGCAAAUGAGGAGGGGGGCGGUUGUGGUCAACAACCUACACCAUUCUACAAUAGCUGUCUUCGAUCUGCCGCGUCUGUCGUGGAAAAUGACAAUACACUGGAGAGUGUUAGAAGUUCGGCAUUCGACGAUGCGUGUCGCAUUGGUCAAAUAUGGCUGCAUCAAAGGGGAUUCUCAAGUCCUACAACGGCUGGGGGCUUCGGAUACUCGGAAUGGGCCCUCAUGUGCGCUCUUCUGCUUCGUGGGGGUGGGAUUCGGGGCCACCCACUAUUCUCCAAGCAGUAUAGCAGCUUGCAGUUCUUCAAAGCAAUGCUUCAGGUAUUGGCUGGCCGUGAUUUGAGAGAUCCUUUGGUAGUAGGUAGCGUUGGUGUUGAAAUUCCCCGUUCGAACCUACCAGUCCUGUUCGAUGCUGCAACAGGUGUCAACGUUCUGUUCAAAAUGGGUUCAUGGUCCUACCAAUCUUUACGGCGUCAUGCGCAAAUAUCCUUGGCAGCCGUGAACGGAAAGCAUCCCGACAACUUUGAGUCAGUCUUCGUGUUGCGUGUUGUGGAGCCUUCAUUACAAUAUGAUGAAAUACUCUCGGUCAGAUUGCCUUCGGAAAACCUGCACACGACGUCAGAGCAGCGACGUUAUCUCGAAAAAUUGCACGGUGCAUUAGUCCGAGGCCUCGGUGAUCGAGUUUCAUUCAUCGACUUCAAGUUGCCUGAAGAACAGCGUUGGGCAGCGAAGCAAGAUUCGUCAUCUGGCGAGGAUUGCCUACUGGAGAUUGGUCUCCUCACGAAUCCCGAGAACGUUGCACGUCUCGUCGAUCGUGGCCCUUCUGCAGAGGAACCUGACGAGGCUGCAGAGUUCCAGGAGUUUUGGGGUGAGAAGGCCGAGCGCCGCCGCUUCAAGGAUGGAAGCAUCACCGAGAGUCUUGUCUGGACCUCUGGAACUCCAGUAACAUUGCAAAUCGUUAGACACCUGUGUUCGCAUCAUUUCAAAUUACUCCCAAGCUCAGUCUCGUUGACCAGUCGAGACCUCGAGCCCAGCAUUUUAACCUACGAUCCAUCCCUGGGUGCGAAGGAUGCGUACAGACUCAUUAACAAUGCCUACCAAGCCCUGGCAUCGACCUUGCACGGCCUCGAAGAUUUACCGUUGCCUAUUCGCUCAAUCUCACCGUCGGGUGCUGCUCUUCGGUCCUCCACAACCAAUCAUCCGCUAUUGCCAUCAGCAGCAGAGCCAAUCGACAUCCUUAUCCAAUUUGACUCCUCGACGAGAUGGCCGGACUCACUCUCGGCCAUCCAGCACACGAAAAUCGCUUUCCUCCUGAAACUUGCAGAGCUCCUCUCUGCCUCCGACCCCAACAUCACUACGCGUGUCGGUCUCGAAAACACAGAGUCAGCAGCGAGCGGCCACUUCAACACAUCAUUCCUCGAUAUCAUCACUCCAUCCCCCGCCCCCGGCCUCUCACCAAUAUGCUUCCGCACCCGCAUCUACCACGACCGCGAGGAACAUCUUCUGCAGACUGCUCUGCAAGAAAAGUCAUUGCACGGCUCUGUCCGCGAUUCCCUCACAUCUGCCCUUGUAGCGUACAAACGGACAUUCAUCGCCGCACCGAUCCACACGACGGCAAUCCGCAAUCUGUGCACCCGGUUCCCGCCCCUCUCGAGCACGAUCCGCCUGCUCAAGAAAUGGGUCUCGUCUCACCUCCUCCUGCACCAUCUCUCCGAAGAAAUUCUCGAGGUCAUCGCCGCGCAAGUUUUCCUGCAUCCCGCCCCGUGGGUAACGCCAGGAUCCUCCACGACCGCCUUUUUCCGAUGUCUCCAUCUGCUAUCACGGUUCGACUUCGCGUUAGCGCCGUUGGUCGCUGAUCUGAGUCUCUCGCAGGAUAUGCCCGCGGCGCAGACGGAUGAGAUGAUGACGCGGUUCCAGGCGUGGCGGAAGCUCGAUCCAGGGCUGAAUAACGUGGUUUGGUUCGUGGGCACAAGCCUCGACCCGACGGGGACGGUGUGGACGCAGGGCUCCCGGCCAGAACGGGUUGUUGCAGUUCGAGUGCGAGCAUUGGCUAGUGCGGCGGUGGAGAUGUUAAAGUCAGGGGGGACGAGGAUGAGUGAUGAAGACUGGGCUGCGCUGUUCCUCAGUCCGCUGGACGAUUUUGAUUUCAGGAUCUAUCUCAAGCCGUCGGUCGUGAAACAUCACGCUGAUGCGCGGUUGAAAUCAGGGCGUCGGGAAGACCGUGUAGUCUACAAGAAUCUUCAACUCGAGCAGGCGCUUGACGUCGAGGCGAUUGGUCACGACGCUGUGAGACUGUUCGUGGAGGACUUGGAGGCCGCUUUUGGAUCGACUGCUUUGUUCUUUCACGACAGCUAUGGUGGAGAUGUUAUUGCUGGGAUGUGGAAGCCAGUGGUGUUGGGUCGGAAGGAGUGGCGAGUCCGGCUGGGAUGGUCAAGUGUACCUGUCCCGGUCGCAGAGGGGCAAGAAGAUGGGAAACAACAGUGUUUGUUCAACGAACGGGCCGUUCUGGCAGAAAUAAGUACUUUAGGAGAAGGGCUCAUCAAGCAUAUCAAGAUCAAAGGUCAAUAG